GGGCCUCAUUCCUGCCUCGAGGAAUGUCCAAGUGCUGUUCAUGUCACUUGUUAUCAGCCUGCAUUGCCAUCACCUUACACCGACGUUUCAAGCCUAUCAUAUCGUAAUAUUGGCCUGCUUGCACGGACCUACUACUACAGGCUCAACAUCUUUGGUUACCAAUCUCUGUCACCUGCAGAAUGCCCUCUUGUGCUGCAUGUUUCUCUCCUUCCCCCCCAAUGGAAGCCUGCAUGGUCCAUCUUCUGACCUCCCUUCUCCCUGGAAACAUUGGACCGCUAUGGGUCUACAUCCAAUCGAUAAGAGACGCGGACAACGCGCAGCACAUAUCGUGGCUUUCAUCUCACUUUUCCGGUGCAGAUAUGGGCCUUCAAUGAACAACGUGCUUCCUUUUAUUACUUCAGAUUUUUGUCGUGGCAUGCAUCUGUGCUAGCGCUAUUUCUGUACGGAAACCCUUUGCCUCUUUUGCUCUGCCGUACCCUUUAGUGAAGAACAUGCCUUUUCGCGGGGAACCGAUUCGCUCAUAUGAUUUCGAUUUGUGCUUGUGUGGCCUUUCGUCGCUUCCAGCUCACUUCUACGAAGCGUUAAUGCCUGGAAUCGGAACAAAGACCGUGGCUUGACAGUCGACUAUCAGCAGCCUCUCAGCUGAUAGACCUUAGCUAAUCGAAUGUACUUUCAGGGAAAGCCUGUGAUUUCGCC